CCUUCUUAUUUAAACUGAUCACGCGCAUCAACGAAGACGGACAAGCAUCUCUUCACCAGUGAGAUUUUAAGACGAGAUUCCUAUACGAGGAACCCUCUUUAAGGUUGUGUGCCAGUGACUGCAAACCAGUCAUGGUCCUAAACGCCUCUGACUCCGGCUGGGAAGAGUCCUCAGGCACUGAUCCAAUCUUUCUUGUUGACCAACUGGAUGACUCACCCCCAUAUCAAGUCCCUCCCCUUAGUGUGUGGGGUGUGGCCCUCUGUGUUUCAGGAACUCUCAUUGCCACAGAGAACGCCAUAGUGGUAACUGCCAUCUUGGCCACACCCACUCUCCGUGCCCCCGUUUUCUUUUUGCUGGCUAGCCUCGGGUUGGCGGAUCUCCUAGCUGGGGUGGCUUUGAUCCUGCACUUCCUCUUCCUGUUCUGCAUGGAGCCCAGCGAUUGGUCUGAGUUAAUGAUCUCAGGGCUGCUGGUUACGUCCUUGACUGCCUCGCUCUGUAGCCUGAUGGGCGUCGCACUGGACCGCUACCUGUCUUUAAGCUACGCCCUCACCUACGGCUCAGGACAAUCUCGUCGCUGGGCCGCUGUGCUGCUGCUGCUCGUCUGGUUGGGCGCUUGUGUAAUAGGGGCGGGACCAGCUAUGGGAUGGCACUGUCUUAGAAAGCCAAAAUCAUGCUCUGUAGCACGACCUCUGACCCGGACAUACCUAUCACUCCUGUGCAGUGCCUUCUUGGUGGUUGUCGUGGUCACCUUACAAUUGUAUGCUGGGAUCUGCCGUGUGGCUAGACGCCACGCUCACGCCAUUGCAACCCAGAGGCACUUCCUACCCGGCAAUCAAUCAUAUGCAAGUAAACACGGCAGUGGGAGGGGUUUCUCCAGGUUGUUCCUGGUCCUCAGUGUGUUUGUGGGCUGCUGGAUGCCCUUCUCCCUUUGGGGGUUGUUGGGCGAUGCCUCCAGCCCUCCUCUGUACACCUAUGCCACCUUGGUGCCAGCGGCUGGCAGCUCCCUGCUGAACCCCCUGCUCUAUAGUCUGAGGAACAAAGACAUCCGCAAGGUGCUGCUCCAAGCCUGCUGCCCCCACAGACAUACACAGCACACACACAUGCAGCACCCGGUCGAUGUAUAGAACUCCAAUCACACACACAAGUAUGCCAAACAUAUCUGUCUGUAAGCCAACACACACCAUCACCGCCGCUCAGGCCGAAAACAUGAAGUCUGUCACACUCCCACACGAAGAGCCGCAGAUGAAACCAAGUCAGAGUGUACCGAACUGGUCCUGCUGGACACCGUGUUGGAGAAACUCGGCUGAAGCUGAACAUCUUGUACGUACUUUGUGCCUCAUCCUCGGUAAAUUGUAGCUCCACUGGAUUUCAAGAUCACACACACGACAUCUGUUUACCCAGAAAAAUGGACUUUAUAAGAAAACUUUAAAAUGAAAGGAUGGGUGUUAGGUGCAUACCUACUGCAGUGUGUCAACAUCAGUCACCUAAAGCCCAAAUUUAUUUACUUGAAUACCUAGAAAACACGAGAUUCUAUUUUGCACACGUGAAAAGCACUUUGUAAAUUACUGAUGAUGUUAAUGUUGCACAACCUUUUUGAAUGUUUUAUACUGAUGAAUAAUAAAAAUACUUUUUUCCUACUG